GUAUAAAUAUGCUCCACGAAGAGCAGUGGGAUAUCAAACAGUUUCUAGCCUUCCGAAGAAGCAAAACACAAAAACACAAACUCACAUACCACCAUGUUCAAAUACGCCGUCGUCGUCCUCGCACUCGUUGCCUGUGCUGCUGCCAAGCCUGGACUCCUGGGUGCUCCCCUGGCUUACUCUGCUCCCCUGGCUUACUCUGCUCCCCUGGCCUACUCUGCUCCUGCUGCCGUGGUAGCUGCUCCCACUCCAGUUGUGACCGCCACCAGCAGCCAGGUGAUCGCCAGGAACUUCAAUGGAAUCGCCGCCGCUCCUGUGAUUGCUCCCGUGGCUGCUCCAGUGGUGGCCAAGUACGCUGCUGCUCCUCUGGCAGCUCCUUUGGCCUACUCUUCACCCUUAGCUUACACCUCGCCCUUAGCGUACAGUGCGUUUCCAUCAGCUCCUGUUCUCCUUUAGAAAACUUUAAAAGUAAUAAAAAAAAUUAAACGAA